UUCAAGAUGACGAAAAAAAGAAGGAACAAUGUUCGCACCAAAAAGGGCCGCGGUCAUGUGCAGCCUAUUCACUGCACGAACUGCGCCCGAUGCAUACCCAAAGAUAAGGCUAUUAAGAAGUCUGUCAUUUGGAACAUAGUGGAAGCCGCCGCCAAGGACAUUUCCGAAGCGAGUAUCUUUGAUGGUUAUGUGCUUCCCAGGCUGUAUGUAAAGUUGCAUUAUUGUGUGAGUUGUGCCAUUCACAGCAAAGUGGUCAAAAAUCGAUCUCAUGAAGCCCGUAAGGACUGAACUCCUCCACCCCGAUUUAGACCUGCUGGUGCUGCCCCACGACCU